AUGGCCGGAAAAAAGAGCGUCAAGGCCCGCGGCGAGACAAGCCUGAACAGGUAUCGUGGCUCGGGUUUCGAGGAUGGCUUUGCUGAUCCUCCUGUCACCCCAGAGGAGCAUGCUACCGAGAAGCAGCUUUACGACCCACGGAUCGAGGAGUGUAUCCAGCGAUACAUGUCGCGCCGUCGGCUCACUAGCGAUCGCAAGGCUCUCUUCACCAAGUACUUGGCCCUCGGUGGCGUAGACACGGACCAGCGCCAGUUCACUGGUACCGCAAAGCACGCUAGAGAUAUGAAGGAGGACGACGAGUACGAUGCUGACCAUGUCCGUGAGGUGACCGCCAAUGAAGUCCUCUCUCGUGGUUGGGACGAGGUUGGAAAGUACUACAACCCUUAUUACCCCGAGCACUGGGAUGUGGACUUUGCCGGCGUGGUAGCUGGAUAUCUUGGUGAUUGGCUUCCGAAGACAAUGGGACUAUGGGGCACUGAGUACGAACUCGCGAUCGACACCAUUCAGAACUUCCUGAGAUACGUCCAGCACCAUGACGUCUGUCCCGAGUACGCGGAGAACCUUGCUGAGGCUUCUAAGAUUUGUGAGCUCGCCCGCAAAGAGAUUCCUAGCAUCGGUGAGAUUGGAGCUGCGAUGCCAGGCGACUUCAACCUUGCUUGCCAGAUCCUGUUCUGCAGCACUGGAAGGGCCAGCAGCGGUCCUUCAGGCCCUGUUGCCACCGACGACGUGGUUUACGAAGCGAAGCUUUUCGACGGCGCAGAGCAUCAGAACUCGUGGGAUACUGGCAUUAUCGCGCCUGAGAAAUUCGACGCCGAGCGUAUCUUUAAGGCCACCAUCGCCAUCCACGAGCCCGCUCUGAUCGACCGUAUGCUUCAGCGCAACAACCCCAUUCGCGUGGUCAAGACCUAUGAGGACGCAUUUGUCGUCAAGGAGAUCCACCCUCCUUCCGAGGACAUCAUAAGCGUUUACAACGGCAUCAAGAACAAGGACAAAAAGACCCGCACCAUCAAGCCCAUCGGCUGGGUCGUCCUAACCCCAACCAUCAUCGAGGACGGCUGGGACAACCACCCGACGCUGGCCACAGGCCGCCCAGAGGGCAAUGAGGGCGAUCCCGUCUCCAUCUACCUCGAGCACACCACGCUGAGUCACCUGAAGGAGGGCAUGAAGCUGCGCCUAACCAUCUGCGAGCUGAACAUCGGCGGCGGCGGCGAGGGCGGCGAGAGCGGCGUCGAGUUCGUCAAGGCGUGCUCCGAGAUCCUGCCCACCUUCCACACCUUCCUGCCGCAGUCCCUGAUGAUGCACUACAAGCCCCACCGGCUCAACGACCGCCUUCCGCCCUCGGUGAACGACCCCGACGCCGAGGACCGCGCGGUGCUCGAGCAGGUCGAGGCAGAUGCCGAGGAGACGGAGAAGGCUGAGCGGCGGGCGGACCCGGAGCUGGACCGGCGGAUGAAGGAGGCUGAGGACGCGGAGGCGCUGAUGAAGGUCAUGGAGAGGGUCAAGGUGGAGGAGUGA